AUGGACGUGUCUGAAAAUAUAGUAUCGGUAUUCUCAUAGAGUGUUGAUGAAAGAAGGCUUAUCAGGCUAGAUCAAUAACCGCAGAGAAAAGGAAAAAAGAUACAACUUAGUGAAACUUAGAAGUAAGAGAGCCAAUCAAACAAGUUAAUUUUGGAUGCAACAGAAACUCUGUCUAUAAAACAAAAGCACAUUAAGAAGAGAAACAAAAUCUAUGAAAACAAGAAAAUCAGAAAACCCUGGAGUGCUCAGGAAGAUCAUUAAUUGCAAUGUUCCAUAUCAUUAUACGGACCUAAUUGGGUUCAAAUUGCGGCUUCCAUGGUCAAUCGAAAUCCUUCAUAAUGUGCUUAGAGAUGGAAAAGAAUCAAGCCAGAAGAUGUAAAUUUUAUUAAUUAUGUUAAGUUAAAAAAAAGAAAACCCUUCACUAAAGAAGAGGAUCAACUUAUCUUGAAAUUAGUCACUAAAUACAGAAGAAAUUGGAGCAGAAUUGCUAAAUUCCUUCCUGAAAAAACGAGUAAAUAAAUACGAGAAAGGUUUAUUAAUAAACUUAAUCCACAAAUAAAAUUUGAACCUUUUACUGAAGAAGAAGAUCACAUCAUCCUCAAUGCUUAUCAAGAAAUAGGCUCAAAGUGGACCAAAAUCUAAGACCUCUUGGUUGGUAGACCUGUAAAUAUUAAUCUCUAAUUCUUUAGGAAAAUAUGAUCAAAAAUCGUUUUUACUCCUAUUUGAGGUAAAAAUACUUGAAGAUCAAGAAUCCUUAUUAUGCAAUUCCUUCAAACAAAGCCCUUAAUGACAAGGAUCAACAAUCUAAAAUUGAUAAUGUUUAACAAAUCAAAGAAGAAAAGCAACUUACAGAGUCUCUACAAUCUAUGGAAAAUUAUAAUGAUAUUCAAGAAAUUUAACCUCAAUUGCCAAUUAACUCAUAUUUUUCAAUUCCAUGCCCUAUGGUGCUUGGGAAUUUCUUUUGUAAUAAACUUCAAUUUAUCUGUAGAUCCUUAAUAUUAGUUAUAUUAAGCUCCGGUAGCCGUGGUUUACAGUCCAAUGCAGCAAGGACAAUUAAAUUAGUAACAUGGUUUGAACACUCUAUUUCAACAGCAGGCUUAUUUGGGUCACUAAGUAACCAACUCAUUAAUGUUUUUGUCAAGUUCUUGA